UCUUUCCCUUCUCCCCUCUUCUCUUUCCUCACUCUCUCUCCCUCCCUCUCUCUCUCUGUAGUCACCAAUGGCUUUGCUCUCUCAAUUUCAGCCUCAUGGGUCUCUUCAGCUCAAAGCUACUAGCAGAAAUUCAACUCGCACUUCAGGUGUAACAAAAUCCUUUAUCUACUCAGCAUAUAUUUCAUCAAGAUUCCAUCCACAAUGCUUCAAGUAUUACGGGGGAGGAGUUGGUAAUUUAAUAACUAUCAAACCCACAAGGUUUCUUCCAUCCCCUGUUGCAUUCUCAGCGGACUCUUUGGAGUAUGAUUUUGGCGAGUGCACAACUCCGUUAGAUGUCUGUGGUGAUCAUGGAACAGAGAUCAGUUACAUAGAUUAUUUACGACAUAUAUUACACGAAUCUGCAAGAGUAAUAUCUGUUGGCUUAAAGAACCAUGAGUCAUCUAGAAACUACGCGAAACUUUCUAAAGCAUGGGUAGGCGAGGAUGUCGACUCAUGGCAUGCACCCGUAGCGUAUCAGGCAGCAGUCUAUGCUUUACUUAAAGCUGUGUUGGAGCUAGGAGAACUGCUGAAUGAAAAACAUUCAGUAUACGAUAUUCUUUCCCCUAAAAUACAAUUAAUUUCUGAGUCUCUUGACGGCCAGUUGAGCAUGAGAGAUCCAAAACUGGUGAACUGGUUUAGAAUGGCACAACUUCCUGAUUUAGUUAAGCGUGUUACCCUUGUACUGGAAACAUGUGCUUCACACUAUGUGGAAAGCGGCAGUGCAGUAAGCAUUCUUGCAGUCAGUUGCUGUGUUGCUAUUAAAAAGCUAGAUGCUGCACGUAUUUCUUCCCCUGACUUCACCAUUUCCCUCCGUGAAACUAUAUGGGAACUUGUACAGUCAUCACCUGAUUAUUCUUCUGUAGACAUAUUACACCAUUUAGCAACCAAGUCAGGAGUAGAACAUGAGUUCCUAAAGUUUUUUGGUCCGAAGGUUCUAGACCUUGAUGCAAGAGGAGAUAUAAUCUUUUGGAUGGGACUGAUUCAAGAGAAGCUUGUUGCAGCACUUUGUAGAGAAAGUGUUGUAAGAGUUUUGCAGCUCUUUUGCUGUUCUCAGGUUGUGGUAAGGGACCUCGCAGUUAUAGGACUUUUUGCAGUUUUGGGGAGAAACACUAGACUGUUCUUAGCGAAAAUGGGUAUAGAUGAUCUAGAUGAAACUGUCAAGGAUUUCCUCUGCUACUUGGAGUGCGGCAUCCUUUUCUUAUAUCCUGAUCUUUCUUCUAUGUGUGUAUAUCAGCUGUUCAUGGAUGUAGUUGCCGAGGAAAUUGGGUGGCUCAACUUGUAUGCUGCAGAAUCAUCCACAAAGAGCCAGGACAGAAAGAGACUGAAGUCACGCGCCAUCCAAGCUGAAAAGGAGAUUAUUCUGUCUACUGUGUUUGGUGUUUGCUCAAAUAUGUUCUCAGGCUUCGAUCAUUAUAUUGAUAAAACAGAGCAGUCUCCUAAUCACAAAGUCAAGGCAUAUAUUCAAGUUUGCAAGGGCCUUCUAACAUUUUGCCUUGAAGAUUAUUGGGCAGUUUAUGAUAGAUUACGUGAGUUGAGAAAAUCUACUGAAGUUCAAUUUCCUGAGCCAGUGAUGCAUACAGGGAACCUGACAGAGGUGAUUUCAUCUUCCCCAAGGAAUGGGCUUCGCCAGAGGUGUGGAGACGUAAAGCCCUAUGUUUCUGCUGAAUGCAUAUUUCAAGACAAGCAAAUUAAAAGCAUGCUGAGUUGCUCAGAUAAGAUCCUCGCAAUGCUUCCUGAAGCUGCAGAGACAAAGCUUCGACAGAGUUUCUUUGCUAAAUAUAGCAGUUCACUAUUGUCUUCAACAUCUGACAUCUGCAUGGGAUCUAAGAUGCUCUUUGUUGAUGUCAUGUUCACAGUCCAGUUUAUUAGGAAACAAAUAUUUGGGCAGACAUUGACAAAGAGGGAGAAGAAAAAGAUUGCAAGAACACUAAUUGAUAUUGUUUGUGUUAUCCCAAUUGCAAUACUGAUGCUUCUACCGGUAACUGCCAUCGGCCAUGCAGCUAUGCUGUCAGCGAUCAAGAAAUACAUCCCGGGCUUGAUACCAUCUCCAUAUUCUACAGAGAGACUGGAUGUUAUAAAGCAGCUGAAGAGAGCUAAGAGGAUGAAAGUUCAGUCAACCAGUAACCUCACUCCUGCUUGCAUGGCUUUGUAAGGCAAGCUGCUUGUAAAAAGUGGGAACUUCUGUGUACUGUUAGCAGAAAAGCCUUGUUUAGACUUUGUAAUAAAUUUUGUAAAUAUUUUUCACCCUUACUCGGUCUUGUCUGGAACAGUGAUAUCUUUAAUACUAAUAAUUGAUAGGCUUAUU